UGUUUUAGUAGCAGUAAAAUACAUCUAAGUGAACCUAAUAGUUUAUAUAAGAAGUUUCGAGUAAGUUUGGGCCGCAUUAUAAAAGAGUUCGUGAUCAUAGGUGGCACGAUUACCGGGAUAAAAGGAUAGGUGGUGAAUUAUUAAGACUUAAGGAAAUUAAUGAAUAUUGAUAACAUGUUUAAUUUAACAAACGCACAAAAGCUCUUAAACAAACAUAAGGAAAAUUAUCGAUGGAAAUCUCCGUACGUGAACAGGGUAUUCGACGGUAUCUUAGAUUUUGUCGGAAACACUCCAAUCGUCAAAUUAAAUAAUAUCCCAAAAGACCAUGGACUUUCUUGUGAGAUCUAUGUAAAGUGUGAAUUUAUGAAUCCAGGUGGUUCUGUUAAAGAUCGUAUAGCUCUUGCUAUGGCUAAGGAUGCAGAACCAUUUAUAUCAGAUGGUACUCAUUUUGUGGAAGCCACCUCCGGUAACACGGGCAUCGGGGUUGCUAUGAAUGCUGCACUAUUAAAAAAGAAAUGUACCAUAGUAAUGGGCGAAAAGAAUUCUACACAAAAAGUAGACACCAUACGCUUAUUUGGAGCCAAUGUCAUACAGACAAAUAAAUCGUCUACCGAAAUAGCCAGACAAAUUAAAGACUCAGAUCCAGAUACUUUCUUGAUGUUGGAUCAAUUUGAAAACCAUUGCAAUCCGAAGGUUCACUACGACACGACGGGCUUAGAAAUUUUGAAUACAUUAGGUGAAGUAGAUAUGCUAGUCGCAGGCGCAGGCACUGGUGGAACUAUUACAGGCGUUGGAUACAGAAUUAAAGAGAGAUUUCCUAAAUGCGUCAUAAUCGCUGCAGAACCAGAUGGAUCGACUAUGUUCAACGAACAUGCAAAAAAACAUCCAUUUUUGGUCGAAGGCAUUGGAGGUUCAACUGUUCCGAUUGUGUUGGAUAAAUCAAUUGCAGACGACUACGAAGUAGUGACCGAUGAAGAAUCGUUCCUCAUGGCUAGAGAACUUAUAAAAAAGGAAGGUAUAUUGUGCGGCGGAAGCAGCGGAACAGCUUUGGCUGCAGCUAUUAAAGCUGCUCGUAGAAGAAAUAUGGGCCCUGGCAAGCGUAUUGUCGUGAUAAUGCCCGAUGGGAUUCGUAACUAUAUGAGCAAGUUUGUUAUUGAUCAAUGGAUGGAAGCACAUCUUUUCAUGGAUCCACCCGAGCGUAAAUGGAAAUGGUGGAAUCAACCAAUGACAAAUAUAAUCCCGCAAAAAUGUCCUAUUGUAGACGACAAAACCACUGUCAUUGAGGCGAUUCACGAAAUGCAAAGGCAUAAUCAAGAUAUAGCCAUUGUUGUAGAUGAAAAAGGAUGGUUUGUCGGGGCAAUUACAAAAAAUAGUAUUCGGCAUGAUACAACGAACUCCACAAAACCAGAUUUCAAUUUCAAUGAUCCAGUUUCAGACCAUUUGGCUAAAGAUUGUUAUACUUUAGCCAAGAACGGAAAGAAGGGCAUGCCUAAGAUAGGCCGGUUAUCGCGCAUUUUAGACAUAACACCGUUUGUCGUUAUUGGGGUUGAAAUCCACGAAAUUGACAAUGAUUACUUUUUACCGGAUGGUGUUGUUACGGGCGACAACGUCUUCGACUAUAUCUUCAAUCAUCUUUAAGAAGCAACAUAUUUACAUAUCGAUAUUUUGAUAAUUUCAGCGAAAAAAACCAAUUCAUACAUUGAUUUUGUUUUAUUAUUAAAAAAACAUGUUUAAUCUUAUUUACUAGACUUAAUUAAAACUACUUUCUUAUCAACUAUCUCAUUAUUAGAUAAGUAGGUCACAACUACAAUAUAUCUAUGAUCAUAAUAAAAUGGGGGAAAAAU